AUGUCCACGGCGAUGAGCAGGCAUGCGAAUGUCGCUACGCCCAUCCGAUCGAUAUGGGCACCCAUUUCGGAGGCAGGGCCGACUGUGGCCGAUUUGAAGCAGAAUGAGGGCAUGUUGGAGUUCCUCACCACGGCUGCACCGGAGGCGUCGAAGGAAGAUCGGGAAAAACGCGAAAAGGCUCUCCGAGUGCUUGAAGGGGUCAUCGGUGAUUGGCUGACAGAGGUUGGGGUGCAGCAGGGAAUGACCGCGGAGAAUGCAAGAAAGCAGUCGAACAAUGGAAAGUUGUUUACAUUUGGUUCUCAUAGACUUGGUUUGAUAUCUCCUUCGUCUGAUAUCGAUUGUCUCUGUGUUGCUCCUCGUCAUGUCACCCGAGAGGCCUUCUUUGGGAGCCUAGUAGGGAAGUUGCAGCAAAUGGAUGAGGUGGAGACGGUCACGCCAGUACCAGACGCUUAUGCUCCGAUCAUCAAGCUUAUAUGCUGUGAGGUUGAUAUCGAUCUGCUAUUCGCACGUUUGAAUUUGACAUCAACAAGCGGUUUGAAGGAUUUGCAAAGUGACGAGCUGCUGAAGAAUCUAGAUGAUCGAAGUGUGAGAUGCGUCAAUGGUACGAGAGUGGCCGAUUUGAUUCUCAAACUGGUCCCGACACCCAAUACCUUCCGAGGGUGUCUGAGGCUCAUCAAACUGUGGGCGAAGCGGAGGGGUCUUUACGCCAAUAUCAUCGGCUUCUUUGGUGGCAUUACAUGGGCCAUUCUGGUGGCGAGAGUAUGUCAGAUGUUCCCCAACAUGCAAUCGGUCCAACUGGUUCGACGAUUCUUCCUAAUCUUAUCGCGAUGGAAUUGGGACAAUCCGGUCACACUGUGCCCGAUAAGACAGUCGAGUGAGAUUGGUUUGAUGAGCUUCAAGGUUUGGAAUCCUAAACAAUACGCGAGUGAUCGAUCUCAUUUGAUGCCAGUUAUCACUCCUGCCUUUCCGUCGAUGAACAGUACGUACAACGUCACCGAGACUACCAAAAGGAUAAUAAUGGGAGAAAUUGAGAGAGCUCACAAGCUGACAUUACCGAAGAAAGAGCAGGUUGAUUGGGAACUUCUUUGCCACAAAUUCCCCUUCUUUUGCAACUACCUCUACUACGUUCAGAUAAGAGUAUCGGCAUUGAGCAGUACAGCGUAUCGGAAAUAUAAAGGUUUUGUCGAGUCGAGGCUGCGGCUCUUGGUGAGAAUGUUGGAGAAUACCCCUGGUAUCAAGAGUGUGAGACCUUGGCCGGAAGAGAUGCCAUAUGUAGUUGACGGCGAGGUGCGGGAGAACUCCUGUUGUUGGUAUAUCGGAUUGGAUUUCCCAAAGUUGUCGUCGAUGGCUGCUGGGCAGACGGUGACGUGUGAUCUACGAAAUUGUACUAGUGGGUUUUUCGAUAGGAUCAACGAGUGGUCAGAGAAGGAUACUUAUCAUGGCCAGUUUGAGAUGGAUAUUGCGUAUAUAUCCCGCCCUAAGCUACCGGAGCAUCUUGUUAAGGAUCAAUCACCAUCGACUGACACAGCCCCUGUGCCGGAAAUGGCGGUUCAGGGCACUAAGAGGAGGGUUCAGUCUGGAAUGAACCUCGCGGGUCGGCCUAAGAAGGGGCGGCAUUUGGAGCUUGAUGUUAGUUUGAAGGGUACAGCGACGACACGUUAA